AUGGGCAUCGUCGAACUCCCCUCGGCAACGGCCAGGCAGCUCGGUGCGUCAUUGGACAUUGUGGACCCGUCGGCACUAACAAAAGAGCUCCUGGAAAACUCAAUUGAUGCGGGUGCGACGCAUAUCAGUAUCCUAAUCUCGCCCAAUACGGUCGACAAGAUACUCGUCCGUGACAAUGGCUCUGGGAUCCUGCCAGCUGAUUUCGAUGCGCUUGGUCGGAGAUCUCACACGAGCAAGUUGAACACAAUCGAUGAUCUCCGAAAGCGUGGGAUAAAGACCUUGGGUUUCAGGGGACAAGCUCUCGCAAGCGCUAACUCUAUCGCUGCUCUUACAAUCACGACACGAGUGUGUGGUGAUGCUGUGGCUUCCCAGCUCCGUUUGAAACCUGGCGUCGGCGGGGUGGAGGGGAGGGGUGUCACGCCGGCACCAGUGGGAACCACGGUCAAGGCUGAAUUUCUGUUUGAGAAAAUGCCAAUCAGGAAACGUUAUGCCAUCAAGGAGAGCCAGAAGACGCUGUUGAAGAUCAAGGAGUUACUUCGAGCUUACGCCCUAGCUCGGCCAGAUAUCAAAUUAUCUUUUAAAGUCCUCAACGACUCGAAGAAUGGAUGGGACUAUGCUCCAUCCCGUACAACCACGCUGCAAGAUGCGGCGUUGCAGAUAUUUGGGAGGGACUUACUGAACCAGUGCACCUAUGUUGAGAGGACGCGGGACUUCCCCAACGUGGAAGACGAACUCAAUGUCGACGAGGGUGUUGUGAUGGGCUUGCAGGCCUUAUUACCAAAGCCAGGACCCGACCUUACACAAGCUAAAACUAAGGGGAGGUUCUUUUCAGUCAAUUCGAGGCCAAUCGCAUCCAAUCGCGGGAUAUCUUUGAGAUUCAUCUCUACCGUCAAGACCUUUCUCUCGGAAGCUAGCGGCGACCACGCCGCCACAAGCCGUGUUUCGAUUCCAUUCAUCCAACUAAACAUCCAAUGUGACCCAAAUCGUUAUGAUGUGAAUAUAACACCUCUUAAAGACGAACUACUCUUUGAAGAGGAAGAAAAGAUUAUGAGAUGUUUCGAGGCCCUCUGUCGUACAACUUAUCAGCAGUCAGCUCAGGAGGCGCGUCAGCCGGAGGAUAAAUCAAGACAAGGUGUUGAUUUCUCUGCAAUGCUUCAAGGUGUCGGCAAGCAUCCUACGCCGGAAUCUUCGCCCCUUGGAAAGGAUACUAGCCUCUCUAUAGACAACAAGAUGAAUGGGCAGAACGAGAGCUUGAAAAUUGGGGAAUCUCUACCUCACAAGGAGGCAAGCAACUCCGAUGUUCAAGAGGGGACAGGCGAAUCCUCUUCAUAUACCCCAAUGCGAACAGGGUUUGGAGUUAAUCUUGAUCGUACGCAUAGCAAUGGUACUGAUAAGGUCAGCAGCAGUGAUGAAGUCAUGAUCCAGAUUCCCCUGAGGCCAUUGCUGCCAAACAAAUGCGUGUCGACAAAGGGAAAGCCGAAGGCCUCCACGUCCCUACCUGGCCAAGCACUUUCCAUGGGAGAUAUCCAUCGAUAUUUCAAGCCCACAAAUCAGCUUGAUUUUGAGAUUGCUACUGACGAUACUGCAACUGAAACAAACCAAUCAACCGCUCCGCCAUCCCCACAGCCUAUGUCUUCGGAACGAAUUGGACAUCGCCGGCUGCCCUUGCAACCAGUCCCAGAGGGAAGGUUGAAUAUUCUUAACAAUGACAACGGGGACAACUUGAGGCUUGAUCAUGACAACGAGGCUCAUUCGCCCCCUAUAUUGAGCCCGAUUGCUGGCCGAAGAAUGGGAUCUCGUCAACGCUUGAAUCCGAUGAGACAUAUCGAGGCAGUGAUCACAGUUCCAGUCCGAGACAAGGUCGCCGAUUGGCCCCCAGAGUUAGAGGAAGUCCUCCAGCUACCCGGAGGCGAAGACUGCAUCCAGAUGAGACUCCCGGAACAAUUACAUCGACCAGGGAGCAACGUGAAACGGGUUCAGGCAUGCCUGGAUCAAGAAGGAUCUUACCUCUUCCUGAAUCGGCAGAUAACAAUUUGGAUCAUAGCAUUGGAGCUUCUCCUAGCCUUUCUGUUUACGAUACUAGCGCCCCUGGGCCCUCCGCCUCUCACCCAUACUACCUUUCAGCUUCAAAUCAGCAUCAAGCAGUCGAAGAGGAGCCAGGCAAGCUGCUACCAAGCAUUGAAGCCCCAUUGGAAAGGCCUAGUUCAACAAUGCCAAGACAGGUGA